AUGCCUGGCUUACUAAGGCAAAACGACAGGGCUGCCUUACACAAGUUAUUCAUAGCGGCUUAUGCAGGUCGUCAGGAGCUUGCAGACUUCCUCCUGAGGAAUUUACGGCUGGUUGCGGACGCUACUAAUAUUAAGCUUUCUUCGGCAACGACUGCUGCCCUCCAGGACGUGUCUGCUGCCGGUAAAGCUGCUUCUCAGACUCUGUUGGAGCUCGUCCUCGGUGAGCUGCAAACCGCAUGCGCCUCGGCGAUAGAUCGUGAGGACCAAGGUUUUAACCUUCUCAGACGGUGUGUGACAAAUUUCAUCAAUGCGAUGCCUAAUGCUCUGUCGAAGGCGUUUUUUGCCGACAAGGUGGAAACUCUGGCUAAGACACUGCGGUUAGGUGUCGAGGCAAAGAAGCCAACCAACUCGUACCUGCAGGAAGUUAAUUCCAUCGCCACAAAGAUUUCCGAUAUCCUAAAGGACUUGGCAAUGCAGGAGACACGGAGCUUCCGUUUCCUACUUCCUCUUCGGAACAGCACCCCUCGACUUGCAGAUCUCGUCGACAUGCCGAGGGACGAGCUGGUCGCUGUAGCUGAAGCUUUCGCACUUUCCCAAUACGAAGAAGAUUCCUACAAGAAAUACCUGACUGUCAUUUCAAAGAACGUAGUGUCUUCAGACGCUGCUGAGCAACCACGGACUGCACUGGCAACAUCAUCCCUGGUCCUAGAGAGUGUUCGCAUUGUGGACGAGCAGCUGCCCGAAGAGGUCGAUCUCGGCCAGCGGUUUCGCAUCCUAGCUGAGAGGACCGGCUUGUCGACGAGGGAUAUCUUGUCAGUGCAGUCAGAGCGGAUAGCACUCGGGAUUUUCCAGGAUGUACACAACAAUAUGAGAGACCCUCUGUCUAAUGAACGCAUUGAGACGGUAAAUAAGCUUGACGAAUUUAUUUUAAAGAGCGUCAAACGCGAUACGGGCGAGAUACUUACGGAGGCAGAGGAGACCGACGGCCACUUCAGAAGGAGCAGCAUCAAGGGAUCGGAAACUACCGCCGCUACACUUUACAUUCAGAUUCGCAGCCAGGUUGCAAGACGAGUCAAGUAUUUGUUCGCGUCUGAGUUAGUCGCCGAAAUAAAAAUUGAACAUCAGACGACGCAGAAAGAUCCAUCACUCCUUGAUAUGCUUCGCAAAUCCGGUGCUGGUGAAAAAACCGAUUUUCGUAGAGACCUCCCGUUGAUGUUUAUGGUCGAUUCAAUGCAUGAUGACUGCGGAAAAGAUACACUUGAUCAAGACUACUGGGCCCGCUACGCGCUGAAGGCCGAGAUGCUCAGGAGCCUCUACCAACGGUAUUCCGAGGACAAAACCGCUCCCACAGUUGACGAUUUCAUUUUGAGCAUGUUCGGCGUCAAUGUCGAAACGUUCCGGAGGUCAAAGAGAGUCGAGGCCCGCAGCUCAAAAUUGUUGAUUCAGCGUACUUUUCAGAGCGUCGUCAAGGGUCACUCGUACCUUGAUCAAUGCAGACAAGAUGAGGCAACGUUCCUAAACGAGCUCGGCGUCUCUCUUCAGAAAGAGUUCAGUCGGAUCAUCGGAAAAAACGACGGCGAGCCCCCAAGGCAGACACCGCAGCAACUGAUAUCCAUCAUUCAGCCGGUAGUCGGAAACGCAUCCCUCGAAAGAGAUGCUGCAGCGGAGCUGAGAGCGACCAUCGAGCCUUUUCCCUACUCGUUUCCGCCGAGACACCAACACCUGAUAGCCAAGUACCUGCCGUCAAUCAUGCUGGAGAAGCUGGAAACAGGCAAAAGUGCUGCAGCAGCGUCGUUUGACCAGAGCUCCGAGCUGUGCAAGGAGCUCUACCGACGACAAGGAUGGGCGCUGUCCCCGGUGACCAAGUCGAUCCAACUAAACCUGUCCCCUGAUCACAUGGCUCACCGCAUAAUAUCUCGUCUUCUGAGAGACAUCUCGCAAGUCCACGAAGUCACAAAAGUCCGUUUGGUUGCUGUAUGUUCUGGCGCCGCUACUUUAUCUCUUGCUUACCAAGACAUUGAGGCUGCAAUGUUCGAGGGCUCCAGGCGAUCCGAGGGGGCUCUGCUGCGUCAGUGGACUACCCAGAAGAAACCUGACCGCUACAAAGGUGCGUAA